ACCUGCUGUAUAAGAAAGAUGUGGAAAGAGAAAAAAUAUCUUGUGAAAUAAGUUAAAACAAAGAAUUUUUUCUCCGCAAGAUUGAUAACCUAACUGAACAACUGGGUUGCCUUAGAAAAUAUGUUAAAAUCAUAAACUUUUGAAGUGUUAUUCAACUAACAAUACAAUGGUAGAUACUGUUGACAAGGCACCUCAACUAGGUGGUUUUGAUGCAGAAUUUGCUAACCCUUUACCACCAGAAUAUGAGUGUCCGAUUUGCCAACUUGCAUUUCGUGAUCCAGUUCAGGUGGAAGAAUGUGGGCAUCGAUUCUGUCAGUCGUGUUUGAACGAAAUUAAACGAAGGUCAAAAGGUAUGCUCACUUGUCCAUUAGAUCGACAACAAGUCGAUGCUGAGAAGGUUUUUCUUGAUAAGGCGGCAAGGAGAGCUGUUCUUGGCUUGGUUAUCAAAUGCGAAAACGCGAAACGUAAAUGUGACUGGACUGGAGAGUUGAGCUCAGUAGAGGAUCAUUUAAAGUCUUGUCCGUAUGCAGAUAUUUUAUGUCCAAAUGAACAAUGUCAAGAUUCAUUUCCAAGGAGAGCGUUAAGUCAGCAUCUGGCGUCACGAUGUAAAUUUCGAGUAUUGACAUGCCAAUUUUGUAAAGAAAAGUAUACAUACAAGGAUGGGAAGAGUCACAUGAAACACUGCAAGCGUCUUCCUCUGGAAUGUGUCAACAAAUGCGGAGUGAAAGAUAUACCACGAGACGAGAUGACAAAUCACAUCACAGAGUGUCCACUAUCUGUCCUGCCAUGUCCUUACCACGAUAUUGGCUGUCAUUUCAAAGGUCGAAAAGAUGUGUUGGAAGAACAUACGAAAUGUACGGUGAACGAACAUCUUGCAAUGGCUGUCGCGAAAGUUCGCGUGAAUGAAUCUCGCUCAAUUUGCACCAAUGGUUAUUUUAUCUGGCCAAUAAAAAGAUUUCGUCAGCAAUUUGAAUUAGCUCGAAAUUCAGACGAAGAAAUUGCUGUGUUCAGUCAACCAUUUUACACUUCUCAAUAUGGGUACAAGUUACGUAUAAAAGCAUAUUUAAACGGUCGCGAUCGGGGAAAAGGCACUCACUUGUCCUUAUAUUUAAUAAUAAUGAAAGGAGAAUUCGAUGCCUUAUUGGAAUGGCCGUUCAAUCAAAAAAUAACUUUUUAUUUGCUUGAUCAAGGGGAACAUCGAAAACAUAAGAUACAUCAGUUAAGUCCUAACCGUUCCCUGCCAAACGUUAGAGCUGUAUUUAAUAAACCGGCAGCCAAGGAAAACCUCGGUAUAGGGAAUCCAAGUUUUGUAUCCCACGAAGCCAUCGAUGCCGGCGAAUUUGUAAAAGAAGAUACCAUCUUCAUGAAAUGUGAAGUAGAGCCCUACUCAAGAUGAUCAGAGCGCACUUUAAAUGCAUGACGGUAGAAAACGAGUUGGCGAGAGUUCGCGUUAUAUGUUUGCAAUUAAAACUUUGACUAGAAGUCCGAAUAUGACUUUCGAUACACAUUACUUACGCAUUUAAACAUCAUAACAUUGUAAGAUAUAUUAUUCUUGAGUGUUACCACUGUAUAUUUAAAAAAAGAACAUCAGAAAGUUUCAUGAAAAUUA